GCAUCUUAUCUUGGCAGCAUAUCACUGUAAGUGCGUUGACCCCUGGUUAACUGGUAACAAGCGUACAUGUCCAGUAUGUAAGCGUAAAGUAAUUCCCGGAGAAGAUGGUGAUUCAUCAGAUGAAUCUGAUGAUGAUGAUGAUGAUAUUAACCCAAAUGAGAACACACCAUUACUGGUUGCUACAAUAUCUAAUAUGCCAGGAACAAGAUCUGGUGCUUUGGGAACUACAUCUGUAGCUUCACAGGUACACAUGUCUGCAUCGUCGUCAUACUCUACAUCUGGACCUGAUGAUAGUGAUGAUUCUUAUCUGAGUACUGAUAGUGAAGACCAAGCUAAUCCUAGAGCAAUAAUACUGGGAUCCUCACCUACCUCAUCAAGCUCUAACACUUCAACGCAAAGUUCUAGAGAACAAUCUGAAAGUACACGGCUUGAUUUAGUUGUGUAA